AUGGAAGAUCAAGAAAAAGUUGUAAUUGUUGUUGAUCCUGGAAGUGAGGUCAAAAUCAGUGUGAAUACUUCCAAGCCUAACCCCCAUGGGCAAGUAGAAUUACCAAGGUACACACACUACUCUGCAAGUGCAAUACAUUUGGCAUCCUUGAUCAACGAUAAGUUAUCCAUGCUAGCUUCAGAUCCUCUUAAUUAUGGUACAGUUUGUAUCUAUAGAGUUCCUGAGAAACAAAGGAGGAAAAAUGAAGAAGCCUAUACGCCUCGGUUAAUCUCGAUUGGUCCCCUUCACCAUGGUGAUGCCCAGUUGAAAGCCAUGGAAGAAUACAAAUUAAAGUAUCUAAACAAUUUCCUACACACUUUUAAAAUUCCACUAGAACUUUUGGCAGAAUAUGCCCAUAGUCAGUGGAAGAAUGUAUGUGGUUGUUAUGAAGAUACCUACAUCCGAAAUCUCUCGAAAUUAUUAGAAGUGAUUUUGUUUGAUGGUAUUUUUAUCAUUGAGCUCUUCUUAAAGAACUACUUUCCUGAAAUGAGAGAGAUGGGUGAUAUGAUAUUUGAAAAUCGUUGGAUGUCAAGUGAUGUAAUGCACGAUUUGCUGCUUUUAGAAAACCAACUUCCUAUGAGGUUCAUUACUACAAUGUAUAAUGGUUUUGUUUCGCGAAAACUGAGCAAGUUUUUGGAUAAUGACUCUGAUGAGCCGCCAUCUUUCGAUAAACUGGCUUUUGAGUACUUAAAGGAUGUAGGGAACACCAGGAAACUAGAGUCGAAGAUGGACCAUACAUUUCCUCGUGCAAAGCAUCUGGUUGAGUUCCUAGCAGUGCUUCACAGGCCAUCAGAUCGAAAUGCUAAACGAGAAGUAGGAAAGAAAGUGGAAUUUGGCAAAUGUGCGACUGCAACUAAGUUGCGAGCAGCGGGAGUAAAGUUCAGUCAUAAAGCAGAAAAAUGUUUAUUUGAUGUAUUCUUUGAUGAGAAGGGGGAGUUAUCAAUUCCACAGCUCACUGUAAAUGAUUUCACAGAGACUUUUUACCGGAAUCUGAUAGCCUUUGAACAGUGUGGCUAUCAAUCCAAGGACAUAACAAGCUAUGUUAUUCUGAUGGAUAACUUGAUAGACACCCCCAAAGAUGUUGAUCUACUCAUUAAACAUAAAAUCAUUGUGAAUGAACUUGAAAGCAGUGAAACAGAUCCAAAGGAGUUUUACUUUGCUAACCUCUGCGAUCGACUGAAUGAAUACAGCAGAGACUGGGUGCACAAGUUGGUGAGAAAGUUCGCUGUGUGGUAUACAAUGCUAUGCAACGAUUAUUUUGGCAGUCCGUGGUCUAUCAUCUCUGUUAUUGCUGCCAUUACACUGCUCGUUCUUACUGUGAUACAGACAGUAUGCUCUGUACUUCAGGUGUAA